AUGACAUUUCAUCGGCUAAAGGUGCCCAGUUUAGUGUGGCAUUCCCUCUGCUUCUGUGAAACAGCCUGUAGAACAGCUCGGACGCAGAGAGCCGAGCCGGCCCCGCCAAGCCGCCGCCCCGCCGGGUCUGCAGGUGGCGCCCCCAGUGGAAAGCCCGGACGCCGCGUCCCGCUGGGGGCGCACUCGGGGCCCGCGCCGCGGUUCGGAAGCCCGUUCGGCCGUUCCUUGAUGGCGGAGCGUUCUGAUUUAGUAAAUGUGUAUUCCCCACUCCGAGGACGCAGCGCUCGUCGCCGCCGCUUCUCUUUAAUAAUAAAUGCUGAACUUCAAACGCGGCGGAACCAGCCGGCUCCUCAGUGCUCGCCGGGGGGCGCGAGCCCGUGUGAAGCCACCGGUGGCCAUGAAAGACGGAACGUUUCUGGUUCCCGCGCUCGGUGGCCCAGAAUAAACUUGAGGAUGUCGAGGCGGCCGCCCCCCGCGCGCCGCCCGGGAGCCCCGGCUCCAUCUGCCCGCGGCCCGGAGGCGCCCCCUGCACGCCUCGCCCCGGGGACCCUCGGAGCCCGCGGCUCUGCCCCCCGCACAAUCUGGGCUGCGGCUCCCUCGGGCUUUUCGCGCUUCCUUUUACACUCGCGGUUUGGUCGAAAGCCAUCGCGCCCUUCCAGUGGGCCCGGGCGAGGGGUGGAGAGCGACCCGCGCUCCUGGGAACCUGCGGCCUCCGCGCGGGGACUCCGGGCCGCCCGCCCAGGCCCCAGCCCAGGGCUCAGCACGCGGGCGGCGUUGGCGCCAGCCUUCCAGCCCCUCGGUCUCGUGUUCCCUGGGAAAGGUAUGGAGACAAGAUUGGAAGCUCUUUUUCUACAACCGCUCACUAAAAACAACUGUGCGUGUUUUUAGCGAUGGGCUUGGAGUGCCCCUCUGUGGAAGAAGAUAUUGCCCUCAUCCUAAAGAUGGAUUGAUGAAGCCACCAACACUAUCAUGACUGCUCAAAGGAGGUAACUCAGUGUUCUCUAGGAACAACACAUGAAGAUGGGUAAGUCAUUUGGAAAAAAAAGUUUUUAUGAAAGAAAAAAUCAUCUACAGAUAAGACAGUGUGUAAGAAGCAAAGCUUUAUUCAUUUUGAGUCUCUUUAGGCCCAUGGUGGAGAAACUUGUCUUCCCUUUCACUGUAGUGUCAAUGUUUAGUAUACCAACAAAAAGAGGCUCUGGGGAAUCAAACACACACCCCAGGCUUCACAUAGUACUUCAGACUUAGUGCUGGGAGAAGCCUGAGAGAGCACAUGGUCUUGACUUUUUAGUGUCUAGGGAAGAAACUGAGACCCAGGGAAGAGAAGUGAAUAUAAAUGUCAUCGUACGAAGACUGAAAAGGCACUUCAAACCCUAAGUGGGGAUCAAGCUUCUGCACACCAAAACUUGUUUAUUACUCAGAAAACAACUGCAGGCCAGAUGCGGUGGCUCAUGCCUGUAAUCCCAGCACUUUGGGAGGCCAAGGUGGGUGGAUCUCUUGAACCCAGGAGUUUGAGACCAGCCUGGGCAACAUGGUGAAAACCCAUCUCUCCAAAAGAUUAGCCAGGCCUGGUGGUGUGCACCUGUAGUCCCAGCGACUUAGGAGGCUGGGGUGAGAGGUCACUUGAGCCCAGGAGGUUGAGGUUGCAGUCAACCAAGAUCGGGUCCCCACACUCCAGCCUGGGUGACAGAGCAGGGCCCUUCCUCAAGACUCUGUGGUCCAAUCUCAGAUAGCAAGCUUUGCUCUGAUACCCACAGCUUCUACUUGGCUUCAUAUGAUGUUUUCUUUUUUUUUUUCUUGAGACAGAGUUUCGCUCUUGUUACCCAGGCUGGAGUGCAAUGGCGCGAUCUCAGCUCACCGCAACCUCUGCCUCCUGGGUUCAGGCAAUUCUCCUGCCUCAGCCUCCCAAGUAGCUGGGAUUACAGGCACGCACCACCAUGCCCAGCUAAUUUUUUGUAGUUUUAGUAGAGACGGGGUUUCACCAUGUUGACCAGGAUGGUCUCAAUCUCUUGACCUCAUGAUCCACCCGCCUCGGCCUCCCAAAGUGCUGGGAUUACAGGUGUGAGCCACCGCGCCUGGCCCAUAUGUUGUUUUCUAAAUUGAUACCCACACAUGGCAAGGGAUACAUUCCACAGUGUAGGGAAUAUAGCCAGUAUAUGAAUAUCGAGUGCAGGGUCUCAUCAAGAUUAUUGCUUAGGAUGAGCCUACAGUUUAUGUAUCAGUGGUAGUCCAGCUUUUAUACUCAGUUUUUUAACUUUAAUUUUAGGGUUCAUAAAUAGCCAUGAACCUUCCAUAGAGUCAACCUUGCACACUGAAAGUGGAUUUUACAUGCUGCUAUAUUCACAGAAAAGCUUUGGAUACUCUGGAUAUGUAUAAAGGUUGAAGAGAAAAAAUUUCUAAAACUUUAAAGACUGUCAGUCUCAUUAAUGUCAAGCCACUGAUUUCUUUACCUCUCUUUUUUUUUUAACUUUUUAAAGAAAUGGAGCUCAUUGGCUUUCAGUAAUGUUCUCAGUCCUCUAUUUGUUUUGCAAGGAACUUCAAGUCUCUUCUGUAUGUAAUCUUCAAUCUGCCAAAUUGUAUGCAUGACUUGUGUUGGUGUUAAAAGAUAAUUGCUCAUUUGAACAUUCUAAAUCUAGCCUUCCAUGGCAAGUUUACACUCCUCGUUCAAGAUAAAGUGAAUGGGGAGAUCAUAAAACUGGAGCUAUGAGGAACACUGUUUGAUCACGGUAUGAUCGGUUUUGUUACUUAAUUACCUUGUUUAGAUUCAUCUGAAGAACCAGUUGUAAAUAUUUUAAACCUUAUUAAAGAAACACUUG